CUGGUGACUCACGCGCGCUUAUAGUAGGUUAAUUUGCUCUCCGCCAAUCGCGAUAAAAAGCUGGCGGCGCUGCGAUUUUUUUCCAGAACACAAAUCAGCGAGUUGGUUGGACGACACGCCCGCCUCCUGUGACCGGCGGGGCUGGACCGUGCGUGAUGCUGAAGUUACUAUUUUGGGUUGAUAGCGAAGCUGUAUCAGCUUCAGUGGAGCUUUGCGCAAGGCUCGCGCUGCGCACUGGGUAUUGCUGAAAACGCUCUACAUGCACGCUCUGAUUUAUAUGCUGGCGCUUCGUUAUCGCCUUUUUUGACGUCCAAAAAGCACACAACUUCUAACUCUUCAGAGUGGUGACUAGCAUACCAGCCAUCUUGUCCCAGUCAUAUUUCUGACUUAAUACAGUUCAGCCAUGCCUAAGAGCAGUAAAGUGACACAGCGUGAGCACAGCAAUGAGCAUGUCACCGAGUCUGUGGCUGACCUGCUGGCUCUGGAGGCUCCUAUGGACUAUAAGAGUAGCCAGAUGAGCAUGAACAUGGCUGGAGGAGGCACAGGUCCAAGGCCUGACAUCUCUCCAGACCUGGAGGAUGGCCGACCAGCCUGGAACAGCAAGUUGGAGUACAUCCUGGCCCAGGUGGGCUUCUCAGUGGGGCUGGGCAACGUCUGGCGCUUUCCUUACUUGUGCCAGAAGAACGGAGGAGGUGCCUACCUUGUCCCCUACUUCAUCCUCCUCAUCCUCAUUGGCAUCCCACUUUUCUUCCUGGAAUUGGCAGUGGGUCAGAGGAUCCGCAGAGGAAGCAUUGGGGUCUGGAACUACGUUUGCCCUCGACUGGGUGGCAUUGGUGUGUCCAGCCUAAUGGUGUGUGGCUUUGUGGGUCUGUACUACAAUGUGAUCAUUGGCUGGAGCAUAUUCUACUUCUUCCAGUCAUUCCAGUUCCCUCUGCCCUGGGCUGACUGUCCCAUCCGGAGAAAUGGAAGCCAAGCCAUUGUAGAGCCAGAGUGUGAGAAAAGCUCUGCCACCACAUACUUUUGGUAUCGUGAGACACUAAACAUAACCAGCACUAUUGCGGACAGUGGAGGGCUGAACUGGAGGAUGACUCUGUCUCUACUGGGUGCGUGGAUCAUUGUCUGCCUCGCUGUCAUCAAGGGCAUCCAGUCCUCUGGAAAGGUGAUGUACUUCAGCUCUCUGUUCCCGUAUCUGGUGCUCUUCUGCUUCCUGGUCCGUGGAUUGUUUCUUAAGGGGGCUGUAGACGGCAUUGCUCACAUGUUCACACCAAAGCUGGAGAUCAUGCUGGAGCCACAGGUAUGGCGUGAGGCUGCAACGCAGGUCUUCUUCGCUUUGGGUCUGGGUUUCGGUGGAGUCAUUGCUUUCUCCAGCUACAACAAGAGGGACAACAACUGCCAUUUUGAUGCUGUCCUAGUGUCUUUCAUCAAUUUCCUCACCUCCAUCCUGGCCACGCUGGUGGUGUUUGCUGUACUUGGUUUCAAGGCCAACAUCAUGAAUGAAAAAUGUGUGGUAGAGAAUGCUGAGAAGAUUUUGGGCUACCUGAACUCCAAUGUGCUGAGUCAUGAUCUGAUCCCUCCACAUGUUAAUUUCUCCCACCUCACCUCUGCAGACUAUACUGAGAUGUAUGAAGUGAUUAAAAUCGUGAAGGAGGACAGCUUUGCUCAGCUGGGCCUGGAGCAGUGUCUACUGGAGGAUGAACUUAAUAAAGCUGUUCAAGGCACUGGUUUGGCCUUCAUUGCUUUUACAGAGGCCAUGACACACUUCCCAGCAUCUCCGUUUUGGUCAGUGAUGUUCUUUUUCAUGCUGAUCAACCUGGGUCUGGGAAGCAUGAUUGGCACCAUGACUGGCAUCACUACUCCCAUCCUUGACACCUUCAAAAUACGCAAGGAGAUCCUGACUGUGGUUUGCUGUAUCAUUGCAUUUUUUUGCGGCCUGUUAUUCGUCCAACGAUCAGGAAAUUAUUUCGUCACCAUGUUUGAUGACUACUCUGCUGGGCUUCCUCUCACAAUCGUAGUCAUCUUGGAAAAUAUAUCUGUGGCCUGGAUUUAUGGCACCAAAAGGUUCAUGCAGGAUCUAGAAGAUAUGCUGGGUUUCAAACCAUACAAAUUUUACUUUUAUCUGUGGAAGUAUGUGUCUCCAGCCUGCCUCCUUGUUCUUAUUACUGCUAGUAUCAUUGAGAUGGCCAUCAGUCCACCUGGAUACAAUGCAUGGGUUCAGGACCAGGCAGAAGAGCGCUUCCAGAGCUACCCUCCAUGGGCUCUGGCCAUGUGUUUCGCUCUCAUCAUUGUAGCCAUGCUUCCUCUGCCACUGGUCUUCCUUGCACGCCACUUUAACUGGCUUCCUGAUGGCUCCAACAAACUGUCUGUCUCCUACCGCAAGAGUCUGACGAAGGACACCUCUAACCUGGAGGACGAGACACGUUUCAUCCUGGGCAAAAAUGCCAGCGAGACGCCCUCUCCCAUGCCCAGCCACCGGGCGUACCUUGGCCCAGGCAGCACGUCACCUGUCGAACUCAUCACCAACUCCACGUCCAUCAGUGGCUAUGGCAGCAGCUACCAGACCAACCCUGUGCCACCUAAAUCAGAGUCCUGAGCUCCUCCUGGAUCCGGAGGCACCACCCAACAAAGACUGAUAAAGAAGAAGGAAAAGGGUAUGAGAAGCCACAGCAUUUAUCAUAAUAUAAUUGAAGCCAUACAGGGAGAGAGGAGUGAUGUGUGUGUGUGGGGGCGGGGGGAUCAACGAAUAAUGGAGGACUGGAAAAAAAGAAAGAAAGAAAACAGGCACAGAAGGACAUUCUCCAUAUGUAUCCCUAGUUAGCAGACAGUGAGUUGCAAUUAGUACCUUCUCUUUCCUACCUACACAUGUGGACCAAAGGCAUUUCUACAGAAUAGGUGGUGGACAGAAAGCACUGAAUCAUCCUCAUAACACUGAGAGAUUUACAUAACCUUCUGGUAAGUGGUUCACUAAAAAUGCCCUACUAAAUUUUACACAUACUGUAGAUAUCUAUAAGCAUGAAUGUAUAUUAAUUUUUAAAAAACAUUUAAGCCACAGACUAAAUCCUCCAUAGCAAGAAUCUUUGGGUCCAGUAAUGCUUACAGGGGGGAUAAAGCACAAACGCUUUUUAGUAUGUUUCUUUCUGUUGUAACUAUUGUUCAAGUCUGGGUUGAGGUGUGAAAACUGCUAAGUAAUCCACUGAUCCCAUCUUUUUUUUUUCAGUAAAAUAUGGAUAUCACAGUUCUGAAUAAUGGAUUUUACCAAAACUGAUGUAAAAUGUAAUUAUACAAGUAAUUGCAAAAGGCUUGCUCUGCGAAGCCAAAAUUGAAAAGAUUGGCAAUAAUAUUGCUAAGCUACUUUUCAUAAUUUGGAGAAAAUUGUUUGUCAACAUCAAGCACAUUCAUAGCAUAUAUUUAAAAAAAAAACAAAAAAACAUUACUCUCUCCCCUGUCAAUCACAGCAACCCUAGCCAAUUCUGUGAAGUCCGAUAUGCGGAAGAGGGUAGACAGCGCUUUCCUCCAAGUGUGCUCAGUUGUUCUGUGACAUAACAUGAACAGCAGUUCGAAAAAAAAUGUAGUUUCUGGCUUCACAUGUCUCGGAGGAAGCAGGUGCUAGCCUUCACCCUCCCUGCUUGGUAGCUGCUAUGUGACAGGUAGAACUGGCCAGUAGGUUGGAAUUAGCCAAUGAUCAGAUCAGCAGAAAACUGGGUAAAAAUCCAAAUCUAUAUUUCAGUGGCUCAGAUCAGAUUUUCGGAUAGUGGUAUUCAGGCUAAUAUUACUCCAAUACAAAGACUCAAUGGUACAUUAAUGCAGUGUUUUGUAAGAAACGGUUUUGUUUAGAAAUUACAUUUGACUGAAGGAAGCACAUAAAACCUGGCCAAGUACUACAACAGAGAGAAAUGUACUGUAUAGAUAAUGUUGAUGUAACCCACAGUAUUUACUGUAAGUCUUGUCUUGUGUAAGUGUUUAUGCCCAUAGAUCAAUAAGCCCAGCACAAUCUACCAUAAUCUCUUACAGUACUGACCAAAUAUUUCCACUCGGGGGCACUAUAUGCACCAAAGCCCCCACAAUGCAUCUAGUUUUAAUGCAGUAUCAUACACACACACAUACACACAUAUAUACACACACACACACACACACACAGUAUCAAUGACUGCAUGCCUUUGUGGCUGUAGAAUAUUUUGCCACACUUAACAUUCAGAUUUAGAUGCAUCUAGUUUUAGUAAUCAAAUAACUGCCAGAUGUGCAAUGAGCGAUUAGCACAAAAAAGAAGCACAUUUAACGUGUUGGGUUGCAAUAACACUAAACAUUUUUUUUAAGGCAGUCUUCGUCAAGCACAGCAGUUUUAAGUACAUACAAAAUCUAUAGUAUAUAUUAGUAUAAAUAUAGCAGAUGACAGAAAAAAUUGCACAUAAUACAAAAAUAUUAACAGUAAUAAUGGUCUUCAGUAAACUUUGAUAGGAUUACCUACCUGUUCUGUGAAUGUCCAAGCCCAGUUUCCCAAAAGCGCUGCAGCACAAGGGUCAUUGUUAAAUGGUAGAGUGAGCAUCACUUAAACUCUCUCUCUCUCCUUCUACCAGUUAACAUGAUUUUAACUUAACUUUGGGAAACUGUACACAGUCAGUCUAAUUAGCUUAGGUGUUCACAAUAUCAGUUUUUACACAUAGAAUUUCUAGCAAAAACAGUUAGUAGCUUUAUUUUUACAAUGAAGUUUAUGUAGUUUAUGCAGUUUUCUUGCUUAGCCCUUUCUGAAAGGAAAGGAUGUAAUUAUUCAAGAUCCAUGAGAAUAGCUUCUGCUUUUGCAAAACCUGCAACUGAAAAUGGUUAAAUUUAUAUUAAAGUCUAUAGAUGUUAUGUAUGCCAAAAUUAUGUUGUAAUAUAAAAUCAUUUUACACAACUUGCACUGUAUUUUAACGGUUACUGCCUAAGCAGCCUGCACAGGUCUACUUAUGAACACCUCACAAAUAGACAAAGGAUGUUGAAUUGGCUUUUGGAAAAAUGAAACAUGCUAGAUUUUGAAAUUGAUUUUAAUAUUGUUUAAUGUAUUCAUGCAGAGAAUAUAGGACAGAUAUAGGAUGUAUAAGGUAGACAUCAGCUUCUUCGGAAAGGUCAUAGACUGUUAUUGCCCCGGUCCUUACUCUAUCCCCAAACACAUCUGCACUUGACACUAUACACCAGUUCUGCAUCUUGGCAAAUAAUGCAGCAGAGCAUCACUUGGCAGCUCUGUGUUUGCUCCUCCUGCAACUGCCAUGAUGACUCGUGGUGUAAAAAUAGACCUGAGCAACAUGCUUCACAGCGGUGUUUCCCCAGGGAGCCCGUGUCCCAGACAGCAUGCUAACGAAUUCUCAUCGGGUGAGGUGGAGGGUGGAAGGCCCACAAUUCCCAGCAUGAACAUGCUGUUCCUACACAAGUCUUGUGGAACCCCUGGCAACAAACCCUCGCAUCAACAGGGAACAAACAAGCAGAGGGCUUCCAUGGUCCCCAAGUUCCUGAGUGAGAGAAAGAAUUAAUAAAAUGUAAUUCAUUAGGACAUACACUAGAUUCCAUUAGUUAGCCCACUCCUGAAAUGAUCAAAUUUCAAUAUGAUUCAGGUAUGGCACUACUUUAUAGCCUACUUCAUAAUGCUGAGUGUGUAAUCAGUUGACUGGAUAAAAUUUUCCUUGUCUAAAUACUGAUAAUACUCCAAGGAAGAAGCAAUUUGUUCAGUCGUUGAGCAAAGGUCCAGCGACAUUGUUCACGUUCCGUGUGCAAUAGCACAUUGUUGCCACAAUGUGUCAUCAUUUACUGAUGAAAGGCCGUUUGAAGGCGUGUCUCUGUGCCUCUGUCUCCUUUUUCACCUCCACAGCAUCUCAGAAAUGUCAUCCUCAUAUCUCUUGCCCCUGCUAAGCACAGCUGCAAGGCAGUGCUUAUGAUUAUUCCUGUAACACUGUCCUGAUCUUUAGUUUGCUUGUGCACAUUUUGCUGGCUUCUUUGAGACCAGUACACUUUAUUUCCCUAAUAGGUGAGACCCCAAAUUUGCAUUUUCCAGGAGCAACCUGACAAGGGGAUGGCUUUAACAACACACAGUAGCAUAGCUGAUUAAUAAGGUUGGACCUAGUGUUAUAUGAAGGUUAAGGCUCCCUAUUUAUAUUUCCAUCAAAUUUGUCAUCAAAUAUUUGCAAUUCUAUGACAAAUGAGAGCUACACAAACAGCUAGGACAAAGACUGCAAAUUACACUGACACACAUGCACACGCAUGCACACACACACACACACACACACACACUAAGCUGGAAAGAAGAUCCACAUUCUCACUUGUACCAAGCACAUUACUUAUAUGAUUAUAUAAAUGGCACUAUUACUCAUUUUCCAGUAGCACAUUAUAUAAUCUACAAAACAGCUCUUCAUUCAGGGUUACAAUAUUUAGGACAAUCUAGAAAUGCACAAAUACAGCUUAUUUAUUUAUUCAUUUGGAAUUUUCCUGAACCUAUCAAAGUGAUUACAACUCUGGAGCCUCUGCCCAGUUCCAUUAAAUCUCACCAGUAGGACAGGUGAGUCCUAUUGUAGCUAACUUAUUUUCAUGGAAGGCAUUUUUUAUUUAAGUGGUGUAAUAUUUAAGUGGUGCUGGAGGCCAUGGUAUUUGUGAGCAAGCUAUUAUUAUGUAUAUGUAUGUAAAUUGUGAACCUAAAUAUAAUAACUGUAAAUAUCAGUGUACAUUUUGUUAAAUUACUGUGAGGAGUAUAUACUGUAUGACUAUACAAACAAGUGUAUUCAUGUAUUAUUGAGUAUCUAUGAUGUACAUUGUAAACUUAGAAUAUCUAUUUUGUACAUGUCUGUACAUGUGUACGUAUUGUGUGUAAUGAUUGUGUCUGAUGUGUCAGUUUGUGUGUUGAAAAAGGCAGGGUGUGUUUUGUCUUUUUUUUUUUUUUUUAAGUUGAUGACGUGAGUAGCGUUGCUUUCACUGGUUCUUCCCUGUGAAACGGGCUCAGGACCAUGCUAUUAAAUGUUCUCUGGACUUCUCUGCAUUACAUAGAAUGUUAGUUCACUUGAAAAGAUUUCAUUGGUAAUGUUCGUUUAGUUAUUGAUAUUGAUGUUUACAUAUGAUUUAAUGUCAUUUGGACAUUCUGCACUCUAUUCAGUGUGAUCUCUUCAAUAUUAUCAUUUUCUGCUGCCAUUUUGUGAAAAAGUCAGAACCUCUUCCACUUCUUAGUUUACUCUGACAACAUUCUGUGUUCAUUUUUAUUGAAAAAUAAUUAUAGGCAUCUAGCUAAACCAUUAAAGUUUAUGUGUUGAUAUAUAAAAGAGGCAAAGGAUAUAUAUAUAUAUAUAUAUAUAUAUAUAUAUAUAUAUAUAUAUAUAUAUAUAUAUAUAUAUAUAUAUACACAUACACACACACUGUAUAUAUUAGAACGCACUCUGGAAGUGUGUUUUUUAUCAUUCGGGAUAUUUAUUGUGAAUGUAAAUGUCUUCUGAUCAUGUUAAGUACUGCAAUAUUAUUUUUAAAAUUAUUUACAGUAAAACACAAUCAUGCCUUUUCAUUAGUUGUUUUUGUUUUUAUCUCAAAAUGAUGUAAAGUCACUAUGUUUGUGCUGUACUAGUUUUAGGUGCAAAAAGCAAUAUUUCUGCAGGCACUUCAGCAAAUGUGGACCAUAGAUAGAUGGUGGGACAGAAGUGUGAGGUAAUGUCACAGUCAUGGAGCAUGUUGGGACCAGCACUGCCUGUGUUGUUGAUGGCGUAGCUGUUUUCACAAUAUGAAAAAUUGCCAUAAUGCAGUACAGUAGGCGUUUUCACUUGAUAUGACCCCACACCACUCCACACCCUGUUUAUUAGGGUGAAAAGAACAUAUGCUAGCCACACUCUUAGCUGUACCAAGGACUCUUCUGAUGUCAGUGUCAUUGAUAUUGUACAGUAUUUCUGAUACACUUGGAAAGAAAAUGAGCUAUAUGACUACUGUAUAUGGUCUAUCACAAAAAUCAUCAAUAAAGAGUUUAUUCUCA